GACGGGGCCGCGGCGGGAGCGGCCGGCGCCGGGGCCGCGGUGAGCAGCGUUUGCUGGAGGCAGCUGAGAGCAGAGCGCGGGAUGGGACGUGCUCCCCGUCCCUUCACCUCUCCGUCUGUGUGGUGCUUCCAGGGCCUCUUCUGUCUGUCCCAGCAUGAAGAGCACCCGCAGCAGCCCCUCCUCCCAGGGUGCCUGUCCUGGCAGCGUGGAUCUGAGCCUGAGGGGCGUCCCGGCCCUGCUCCCGCGGCGCCCCAGCAGCGCCCGUCCCGCCAGGCACAUGGCGCGUUCCGUCUCGGUCACCGCCGACAGCAAACCGCGGCGCAAGGCUCUGGAUGAGGCAGGAUCCGGGGCCAUGAACAACCUCCGGAGGUCCAGCAGCACCACGCAGGUCAACCAGUGGGUGACCAGUGCCCAAAGCUCAGAGCAGAUGGGAGACCUCCUGACCUUCUCUGAGAGCUGUCCUGAAGAAAGACAGAAACUAGAGGGGAGUCUGAGCAAAACUUCCUCAGACAAGAAAACCACCUGGAAUGUCUUGGACGAUCAGCCACGCGUGUUCUCGGGCCCUUCUGGCUCCCACGGCGCUGGGCCAGCAGCAGGCAUGAGGAGGAAAGAAGGCACCAUGCUCCUGGCAGCCAACUUCACUGCCAACAACAGGAGCAACAAGGGCACAGUGGGCAACUGUGUCACCACCAUGGUGCACAACAACUACUCCACGGCUGACAAGGGUCCUGCACCCAAAAGUUCCAACCAGGCACCCAGCUCGCUCAACAACGUUGUCAAAGCGACCUCCAAUGAGGACAGUGAAAGCAGCUUCGCCAAGUCCCAGAAGAAUUUCUCCAGCAACAACAUCGUGACCCACAACAACAACAGCAGCAGCUUGGCCCAGAGGACGGAGGUGACCGAGGAGGAGGCAGAGAGGUUCAUCCAGCAGGUGACCUCUGCAGCCAUCACCAUCCAGCGCUGGUACCGGCGGCACUCGCAGCGGCACCGGGCGGCAGCCGCGGCUCUGGGGCGCUUGUUGGCGUCCAAGAGACAGGAAAUGCACCAGCAAAUGCAGGAAGGGCACAUCCUGGGUUUGCAGGAGAGGAAGGCCAAGGAACGGCGGCAGAUCCGGGAGGAGAAGGCGCGUGCGGCGCGACGUGCUGCCAUCCAGGAGCUACACCAGAAAAGGGCCCAGAAGGCUUUGGAUGCAAAGCACUUGGCAGAGGAAGAGCUUGUGCUGGUGAAGGAGAGCAGAAGGGCAGGGAAGAAGAAGCAAACUGCCAAAGCCCCCUCUGUGAGGAACGACAGCCCUGCUGGCAGCGUGACCAAGGCCAAUAAUGCUGAGUCCAGUUUCCACUCGGUAGCUGCAGAGCCAGAGGAAAUCGGCCCUGCAGACCUCGGCUCCACAGCACCGCGGCAGCCCCGGGCAGAGGACAAGCUGCAGGACGUGAGCUCCAGAGAGGCGGGCGGUGAGGAUGUGGAGGCAGCGGUGACUGCUGCCAGCAGGGCUCAGCCCAGGCUCUGCUGGGUCCAGUCCAACGAGCUGCUGGACUUGCUGAGGCUCUUGGAAGAGCCUGAGCUGCCCUGCUUACAGACAGAUGGGGAGGAGCCCAGCUCCAGCUCCCUGACUGCUGACAACCUGGAGAAGUUUGGGAAGCUGAACCACUCCCCGGGGGUCCCUGAGGACGGGGCCCUGCUCUCAGAGGCCAAGCUCCAGAGCAUCAUCAGCUUCCUGGACGAGAUAAACAAAUCGGAACAGGAGAGGCCCAGCUCGGCUGCCUCGGCCACACAGCAGGAGAGUCUCCUCGUGGAAGAGGCUCCGCUGGAGCGAGACGCGGCUGUUGCCAUGGAGCUGACGAGCUCCAUCGUGAGGCUGAAGCUGGAACUGAAGGAGAAGCAACAAACCAUCGGCCUGCUGCAGACGACCCUGGCUCAGCAGAGGGAAAUGACCACCAGGCACAUCAAACAGACUGAGGAGGAGCUGGGCCAGCAGCUCAGGCUGCAGAGGGAGCAGUAUGAGGCAGCUCUCCAAAGGCACCUGGCCUUCAUCGACCAGCUCAUUGAGGAUAAGAAGGUGCUAAGUGAGAAGUAUGAGGCAGUGGUAGCUGAGCUGAAACAAGUGGACCAGAAGUAUGGCAAGAAGAUCAGCCAGAUGCAGGAGCAGCAUGAGCUGGAGAUGAAGAAGCUGAAGGAACUGAUGUGUGCAAAGGAGAAAAUCGGGAGAGAGAAGUGGAUGGAUGAGAAAGCCAAAAAGAUCAAAGAAAUCACAGUGAGAGGGCUGGAGCCGGAGCUGCAGAAGCUCAUUGCCAAGCAGAAGCAGGACAUCAGGCAGCUGAAGCUGCUGCACGAGGCCGAGCUGCAGCAGUCGGAGCAGCGGGCGGCGCAGCGCUACGGGCAGCAGGCGCAGGAGCUGCGGGGGCUGCUGCAGCGGGAGCAGGAGCAGCAGCUGCAGCGGGAGCGGGAGCGGGCCCGGCAGCAGUGUGAGCAGCAGCUGGAGCAGCAGGAGCAGAUGCUGCAGCAGCAGCGGCGCCGGCUCUACGCGGAGGUGGCCGAGGAGAAGGAGCGGCUGAGCCAGCAGGCAGCCAGGCACAGAGCCGAGGCCGAGGAGCUGCGGCGGCAGCUGAGGGAGGAGAACGCCAAGGACAAGGAGGAGCAGGAGAGGAGGCACCAGGCAGAAGUGAAGGCGCUGAAGGAGCAGCUGGAGAUGGAGAAAAAGGCCUGGGAGGAGAACUACACCAAGAAGGAGGAGCUGUGGCUGCUGAGCCGGGAGCGGGAGCUGCGGCAGGAGCUGAAGAAGGAGAGAGACAAACAGAUCGAGCUGGUGAUCCAGCGCCUGGAGGCAGAGGUGUCCUCGGCCAAGGAGGAGUGUGAGAGGGCAGCAGAGAGCAGGAUCAAGAGGAUCCGAGAUAAGUACGAGAUGGAGCUGCAGGAGCUGGAGGGGUCUGAGCAGAAGCUGCAGGAACGCUGCAAUGAGCUGAAGGGGCAGCUGGCAGAGCUGGAAGGGGAGAGAGUUCAUCUGCAGGGCCUGCUGAGGCAGAAGGAGCACGAGGUGGAGGAGACCCAGAAGCUGAGGGAGCAGCUGGCCCAGGAGAGGAGCAGCCUGACCGAGGCCAUUUGGCAGGAGUUCAUGGAGAAGCUGCUGUACACUGAGGAGGAGAACAGGCAGCUCAAGGCAGAGAUGGUGGAGAUGAGAGCCCAGCAGCGCCUGGAGCUGGACAGGGUAGUGAAGGAAAAGGACAAAAUCCUGGAGGAGGUUCACAAGAGGGUGAAGGUUGCGGUGGCGAGGAAGGAGGAGAACAUGAGCAGCCUUCGGAAGAAGUACGAGGAGGCCGUGCAGCGAGCUGACAGCCUGGCAGCCCUCCUGGAGCAAGGUCAAGUGGAGCUGCUGCUCCCGCCAUGACCAGCGUGGGGGGACUGUGCUGGGGCUCUCCCUUCCCUCCCCUCCUUUUUCACCAGCCCUGCCAAGGGCUCUCAGCUGCUUUAACAAUA